UGGUAGCGGAAGUCCGCCGGUGGUCGGUGUUUGGAUGCGGUAGGGAAGCGCCGUGUUUUGGUGUUUCGGUUUUAACUCCGGGGGGAUUUUAAACGUGAGGGGUUCGCAGUCAGCUCGGACGGAUGCGGGGCGAGGAGUCGUCGGAUUCGGAGUCGGGGAGGAUGGAGGAGAGCUCGGUGCGGAAGAGCCUGGAGACGCUGUGUCAGGAGCUGAACAUGGACGAGCAGACUGCCGCUGAAGCCAUGGACAACUUCACCGGCAUCUGGAACACCUACACUCUGGAGGGGGAGGUGGUGCACUGGCUGGCCUGUUCGCUGUACGCAGCCUGCAGGAAGGGCUCCACUCCCACAGUGGGUAAAGGACUGAUGGAGGGAAACUGCGUCUCCCUCACUAGGAUCCUUCGCUCGUCCAAACUCAGUCUGAUCCAGUUCUUCUCCAAGAUGAAGAAGUGGGCCGACAUGUCCAACCUCUCGCAGGACUUCAGGCUACGAAUGGAUCGACUGGAGCGAAACUUUGAGGUCUCCACCGUGAUCUUCCGCAAGUUUGAGCCCAUCUUCAUGGACAUGUUUCAGAAUCCACAGGGAGGAGAGCCGCCGCGACAGCCACGCAGCAGGAAACACAGGCGGCUGCCCUGUCACAUCAGUGAUGUGUUCAAGUUCUGCUGGACUCUGUUUGUCUACACCAAAGGGAACUUCCGUAUGAUCGGUGACGACCUGGUGAACUCGUACCACCUGCUGCUCUGCUGUCUGGACCUGGUGUUUGGAAACGCUCUGCUGUGUGCCAACAGGAAGGACCUCAUCAACCCGACGUUCAGAGGUCUGCCUGCUCUGUACCGCCCUGACGGCCAUGUUUCCUCUGAUGAACCUCCUCCAUGUGUGUUGGAGAGGCUGUGUGAGCUGCAUGACGGGCUGGUGGUGGAGGCCAAGGGCAUCAAGCAGCACUACUUCAAACCCUACAUACAGAAGCUCUUCCAGAAAGAGAUUCUGAAAGGAAACGAGGAGCUUUUGACAGAAAUGUUGGAUCCUCAGAACUUCAUUGACAACAAUAAAGCCAUGAACAGGGAGUACGAGGAGUACGUGUUGACGGUGGGAGACUUCGAUGAAAGAGUGUUUCUGGGAGCUGAUGCUGACGAGGAAAUCGGAACGCCGAGGAAGAUCAUUCAGGAAACAACUGUUAGCCAAACAACGGCGCAGAACCAGCUGCAGCAGCACGUGGAGAAGUCCGGCUCUCUCGCCCCCUCCACUCCUCUAACGGGACGAGUCUACCUGAAGGAGAAGGACCUGCUCGUCACGCCUGUUUCCUCGGCAACGCAAAGUGUGGGCCGACUGCAGAGCAUGGUGGCCGGUCUGAGGACGGCACCCAGCGACCACCUGAUGCAGAUCUUCAAGUCCUGCUCCAGAGAUCCCACAGAGUCCAUACUGGCUCGAGUCAAGAUUCUGGGACAAACCUUCAAAGAACAUUACACCAACGACUCAGACGAUACGCCUGGCUCUCAUAUAGACUUUGCAGAGAACCGUCUGAAGCUGGCGGAGAUACUCUACUACAAGAUCCUAGAGAACGUCAUGGUUCAGGAGACCAAACGGCUGCAGGGCAGAGACAUGAGUGUUUUACUGGAGCAGGACAUCUUCCACUGCUCCCUGAUAGCGUGCUGUCUGGAGGUGGUGCUGUUUUCGUACAGCUCCCAGAGGACCUUCCCAUGGAUCAUCAGCGUCUUCAAACUGGCUCCGUUUUACUUCUUCAAGGUGAUCGAGGUGUUUAUCCGCUCAGAGGAAGGCCUGUCCAGAGACAUGGUGAAGCAUCUGAACUCAAUUGAGGAGCAGGUCCUGGAGAGCAGAGCGUGGACUGCAGACUCUGCCCUGUGGAGCGCCUUGCAGGUUGCUGGGAACAAAGUUCCCACAGUGGAGGAGGUGAAUUUUUCCUCCAGUCUUGACACUGGCUCUGGUUCUGGCUCCUUCAGUGCUGGUUCCACAGUUCAGUCCCACCUUCCCCUGGUGGCCCUCUCUCCCAUCAUCCACCCUCGUAUCAGGGAGUUCAGAUCAGGCCUGGGCAGUGCACGUAAAGAUAUGCCUCCAUCUCCGCUGUCGGUCCAUGACAGGUACAGCUCUCCUGCGGCCGGCAGCGCUAAGCGGCGUCUCUUCGGUGACGACCCUCCGGCUCCAUCUCCAGGCCUCAACCCCAGCGGGAGCCCCAUGCCGUCUCCAGCCAAGAGGCUGACGUUUGGCUCCAGCAGCACCCUGAAGAUCGGAGCACAGGGGACCCAGACCACCGUCCUGAGCAUCCCGCUGCAAGGGAUGAAUAAUGAGCGCACCAUCACGCUGAUCCCAGUCCAGCCAUGUGACUCCUCUGCUGCCGUCACCGCUCAGUUCCUGCUGACUGCCUCCCCCAGCCGGAUCGCCCCCAUCCCGGCCCCCGCUGCUGCCACGACCUCCGACCCCCAGACAGGAAGUGGACGGCCGCGACGCACCGGAUCACUGGCGCUGUUCUUCAGGAAGGUGUACCACCUGGCCAGUGUACGUCUCAGGGAUUUGUGCGUGAAGCUGGACAUCUCAUCGGAGCUGAGAGGGAAAAUCUGGACGUGUUUCGAGCAUUCUCUGGUCCACUCUACCGAUCUGAUGAAGGACCGACACCUUGACCAGCUGCUGCUGUGCAGCAUUUACAUCAUAUCCAAAAUCACUAAAGAGACGCACACCUUCCAGGACAUCAUGAAGUGUUACCGGAGCCAACCACAGGCCAGCAGCCACGUGUACCGCAGCGUCUUACUGCGUCACACUCCCAGAGAGCAGGUAGCUGAUGAAAACAUGGAGGUGGAUUCUGUUUCAGGUGGAGAAUCUGCAGAGAAAACCAAUCAGCUCCCAGGAGAUGCAAACUCCAACCAAUCAGUGGAGGAGGAGCGUGGAGACCUCAUCCAGUUCUACAACAGCGUGUUUGUCCUGAAGAUGAAGAGCUUUGCACUGCGAUACGCCAUCCACGAUAACCGGGCCGACGCUCCUCCUCUCUCUCCGUUCCCGUCGGUCCGGGCUCAGCCUCUUUCUCCUCGCAGAGUCUCUCAAAGACACUCGCUGUACGUCUCCCCUCACAAGAACUCAGCAGCCUGCCUCACCCCGAACUCCUACACCUACAGGAUCAACAGCAGCCCGUCCAAGGAACUGUCAGACAUCAACCGGAUGAUCCGGCAGGGCUGCGUGAGCAGGAAGAGGGCCUUCACUAUGGAGGGAGAUGUGAUGAUGUCAUCAGCGUGCGACUCCCCCAGUAAGAGGGCGUGUCCAGAGAACGGCAGCAGUCCAGAUGUGCUGCUGAAGCGUCUGCAGGACGUCGUGUCGGAGAGGCAGAGUCACUGAGAACAGACAGAAACCAAAACCCCACAGUUCAUAUGAAGCUGCUCCUCAGGUUAACAAGCUGCCCUGACAGAAACCUUCAGGAAACUAAACAUUAAGGGUCUUUCUUUCACAACUUUGACUUUGCUAUUAUGACCUGAGGGUCAUAGAGACUGCAGCAUGAUUCAUGCCGUGUUGUUUUAAACAAAGCAGAUUGUAGUUCCACUGUCAUCAUCCCAAAGUUUUGACUUUUAUACCAGUAAUAAUAUCCAGGAUGUGAUAUUUACACCGCAUCAGUUAUCAAAGCUUAGAAUGGAGCAAACAGCAGUCAGACGAUAGUCUGUGUGUCAUUUACAGCCAUCAGCAUCACAUUAUGACCUUCGUGGAGCAGACUGAUCCUGGAGCAUCCCACAGAUGAUGGAUGUUUUUCACUUCAGCUGUCAGUGGUCAGAAUGUUGUGGCUGAUCAGUGUGUACGUGUACAGACUGCUUUUAUACUGUACCUGUCCACUAGGUAUCAUGUUUAGCUCCUUAGCUGUUCGUUGUUUCUUUUCCAUUUUCACUCAGCCUCCUCUCCCAACCAGAAAUCGGAUCAACCAGUGACUUAAAGCGUAGGUUGUCGAGGUUCAGAUGUUUUCAGAGACCUAACGUAUCGACGACAGUUUGUCUUGGUGCUCACUUGCCGUAUUAUAAUGGAAAAAAAUCCCUGCAGCCCUAAAAUAUUUUUAAUUGACCUUUUCAUUGACCUCCAUUAUAAAAAAAAGACAUCUGUAAAAGUGUGCUAAAAACAGGGUUUGAUUUUACUUUUUCUACAAUAAGCUUUUAAUCUAUUGAGGUUUUGUAAACCUUUGUGACCUGCAGUUACCCAGAAGACCUUCUCUCUGUCACAGUUUAUUGGCAGUACAUCACUUUGGCUUAACUAUUUUGUCAGUGUAAAUUGAAUAUCUGUUUGACCUAACUGGAUAAAAUGAAUCUUGCACUAACCCUCUGCUGCACUGACCUACAGGCGUUUUUAACAGAACAUGAUGCAGCAAAAGAUGCUUGAGGUACUUCAAAAAUGAUGCAAAAAGCUAUUUUUCCUUGUAGUCACAGAAUAAACAACCUGAAUGAGCUUCUUCAAACAGUGUGGAUCUGGACUAGUCUGAUAGUGUUCAAAUCAGAUGUUAUUGUAAUGUAACAGUUUGACGAUCAGAUCUUUUUCCCAUGUGGGUUGGAUGCUGAUGUUGAAGCAUCAGAAGCAUUUUUUUCAAAGCUUUUGGAGCUUGGUGACAGCUUGAGAGGUAAUUCAGUGUUUCUGCAGGAUUUCAUUUCCACCUUUAACGGACUGAAAGAAACAGCACGCUCUCUCCAUUAACAAAGAAUAGCAGAUGUUUGUAGUACGUUCUUGAAUGUAACACCAUCCCAGCUUUUUCUAAAACAAAAAAACAUCUUAUAUUUUCUUUAAAGUCGGUAUUGAAUUUUACAGCCGUGAUGAAGAAGAAAACAUCUUCAGUGAAUCGAUACGAAGUUUUUUGGCUCAGAUGACCUUUUUAUUGUUUCCUUUUUAUUCAUCGUUGCGUUCACUGCGGUACGAUGAAACUCUGGGUUACCAUGACAACAGCGGUGCUCACAUCUUUUCACGGUCGAACCUCUCAACCUGUCGGUGCCUUGUUUUAGACAAAAAACUGACGAUAUUUUUAAUAUAAAUAUAGGAAUUUCAAGUCCAACUGGUGAACAGUAAAGCUCUCUGCUGCCAGGUGAGUUUCAACCCCCAACUUGUGUAUAGUUUUCUCUAACAUGAUGUGUUUCACUACAAUGUCUGCAGAACCUCCACUUUGUUUGGAGACUUUAUUUCUGUCUAAUCUUAAUAGUCUCCUUUUAAUAUUUUCUUUCUUUGGUUUUGAACCAUGUAAUGCUGUAUAAUGCUGUAAAAACAGGCUGAAUGCUAACAAAAAGAGCUCGACUCAUGCAGCGCUUCUGUACCUAAGUGUGUGUGUGUGUGUGUGUGUGCGUGCGUGCGUGCGUGCGUGCGUGCGUGCGUGCGUGCGUGUGUGUGUGUAGUAUCUACACUUGAUCUUUUUACUGAAUUUAACAUACUGAAUUGUUUUCAUUUAUACAACAGUACUGCUGUUAGAAAUCAAUCUUUGUAACGUUUAAUAUCUUUUUACUUUCAUACCUGUUGAAGGAAAAGGUCAGAAAUGAACCACUUAGUUUUUUUUUCUUAUUGACAGCCUUAGAACAUAAUGAUGGAGUCUGCUCUUCUGAACACUCACCAGUCAGUGACUUUUGCAUUUUCUGCAGUCAUUCAGGUUUUGUACAAUAAAAUUUACUUCAUUCUU